AUGAAGUGGAGUUCCGUUAUCGCCCUGGCGCUUAGCGCAACAAGCGUCCAUGCGAUGCUCCGUUUCUCUUGCUCGCAACUCGUUGUUGACCGUCUCGACCCCUUAGUCAACCCGGGGGCCGUUGGGUCCCUCAUCUGCACCAGAUUGUUGGAGGAGUGCAAUGCCUUUAAUACUUCCAUGCACCCAGAAAAUGAUCUCCCUGCAUUCUCCACCUGCACCAGCUGUACAUUUAGCGAGGACUUUUCCAACCACUGCACCGCGGCUCUGUACUUUCGAGCACGCAAUGGAACUUUCAAGCGUGUCCCCUUAAUGGGCAACUAG